CCGAAAGCCAGCCUCUCAUACCGGAAGCACGUGUGUGAGAGACCACCAGAAAGGGUGAAACGGCAAGAGAGAUGUCGGCUUCGAGCUCCUCGACGACUUUUAAAACUAACUAUUCCAUCUUCCGGAAGAUCGAGCCUUUCUACAAAGGAGGACGCAUUCAGGUCAGCCAAGAUGGGGAUUAUAUGUUUUGCCCUUGUGGAAGCAAGGUCAACGUGGUCGAGAUCUCGACGGGAGAUGUGGUUCGCUGUAUCGAACAGGAUGAUGAAACCGACAUCACGACGUUUGCCCUCAGCAAUGACGAUGAAAUCCUUGUGACUGCAAGUCAGGCAUUGCUGCUGAAGCAAUGGGACUGGCUGGCAAACAAAUGCAGCCGCACCUGGAAAGCCACACACACAGCUCCAGUGGCCAGCAUGGUGUUUGACUCGACCUCCACCUUGUUAGCCACAGGUGGCUGCGACAGCACCAUCAAGAUCUGGGAUGUCCCCAGGCAGUACUGCACCCACAACCUGAAGGGCUCCUCCGGCGUCAUCCACCUCGUGGAAUUCCACCCAGACAUCUCGCAGCUCCAGCUCUUCUCCUCCUCCAUGGACAACAUCAUCCGCAUUUGGGACCUGACCUCCAGCCAAUGCAUUGCCCAGCUGGAGAACCAUUACAGCCCAGUUACCUCCCUGGCCUUUUCUCCCGACUACGAGACACUCAUCAGUGCCGGCCGUGAUAAAAUCUGCACCGUGUGGGACCUGAACAAGAAAGAAUCAAAAGUCACCAUCCCAGUCUAUGAGAGUGUUGAAGCUGUCGUCAUGUUACCCGAAGGAGGAGACACCUCCCAGUUGGAGGUGAAGACAUCCAGCUCCCUCUUUCUCACUGCCGGCAGCAAAGGUCUGCUCCGAGUGUGGGACUCCACCUCAGCCACCUGCAUCCGCGUCCAGUCCCUGCCCAACCUUCCCACCAGGAUCAAAGAAAAGGAGGCUGCGGUGACAUCCGGAGAACACAGCCUGGUGCAUUGCACCCUGGUUCCUGCAAAGAGCGAGGUCCUAGCUGUGAACACUGAGCACAACAUCUGCAUGUACGAUGCGGAGACCCUUGAGCUCCGGAAGCAGUUUUCAGGUUACAAUGGGGAAGUGCUGGAUGUCCGGUUCGUGGGACCCAAAGACUCCCAUAUUGUGGUGGCCACCAAUAGCCCCCAACUGAAGGUCUUUGAGCUGUCCUCCUCGCACUGCCAGAUUCUGCAAGGCCACACAGAUACUGUCCUGGGUUUGGAUGUCUUCCGGAAGGGGAGGAUGUUUGCUAGCUGUGGAAAGGAUAAAAGUGUCCGCAUUUGGCUGAUGGCAAAAGAUGGCACGGUCCGCUGCAUCGCCCAGGGCCUGGGCCACGCACACGGAGUGGGUGCUCUUGCUUGUUCCAGAAUGAAAGAGAACUUUGUGGUCACCGCCAGCCAGGACCAUACCAUCAAAGUGUGGCCUCUCCCCGACCCGCUUCCUGCCAAGGAGGACGAUGACCUCGUGAUCCUUCAGGCCCAUGUGACAGAGAAGGCACACGACAAGGACAUCAACAGUGUGGCAGUUUCUCCCAACGACAAGCUCAUUGCCACUGGAUCCCAGGACAGAACGGCCAAGCUGUGGACCUGCCAAGACUGCACACUUUUGGGGGUCUUUUCUGGCCACAAGCGCGGUGUCUGGUGUGUCCAGUUCUCCCCAGUGGACCAGGUCUUGGCCACUUCUUCUGCCGACGGCACCAUAAAACUUUGGGAUCUCCAGGAGUUUGGCUGCUUGAAGACAUUUGAAGGCCAUGACGCCUCUGUCUUGAAGAUCAUCUUCAUCAGCCGAGGGGGACAGGUGCUGAGCAGCGGCUCAGACGGCCUGCUGAAGCUGUGGACAGUUAAGAGCAACGAGUGCGUGAAGACACUGGAGGGCCACAAGGACAAGGUGUGGGGCCUCGACGCCAACAAGAAGGACAAUACGGUGGCCAGCGGUUCCAGCGACUCAAAGGUCUUGCUCUGGAAGGACAUCACUCAAGCAGAGCUUGAAGAGGAGCAAACGAAGCGGGAGGAAGAGAUCCUGAAGGAGCAAGAGCUGUCCAACCUGCUGCAUGAGAAGAGGCACCCGCAGGCCCUAGCCCUUGCCCUCUCUAUGGGGCGGCCCCAUACAGUCCUCAGCGUCAUCAAGGCCAUUCUCAAGGAGCCCAACGGGUGCCAGAGUCUGGUGGAAAACAUCACCAAACUGCGGAAGGACCAGAAAGAGGCUGUACUGAAGUUCUCUGCGGAGUGGAACACCAAUUCCCGGAACUGCAUUGCAGCUCAGACAGUGCUGGAGAUCCUCCUCAAGAACGAGGCGCCUGAGUCGCUCCUGCAGUAUGAAGGGGUCAAGGGAGCAGUGGAGUCCCUGCUGCCCUACACAGAGCGCCACUUCCAGAGGCUGAACCGGCUCCUGCAGGCAUCCAUGUUUGUUGACUUCUUGUGGCAAAACAUGAAGCUUCCAGAUGCGUCUGAAGAAGAUCAGAUGGAGGCCUGACCCCCCCCCCCAAAGGGAUGCAAGUGGCAAAUGCAGCCAAAGGACUGUUUUUGUAUUCUUGCCAAUGUUGGAUAUGAUAAUAUUUGUACAAUAAGGUUUUUAUUUUAUUUUUAUAUAUAUACAUAUAAAGGGGGAAUGUCUUCA